GGGAGGCUGGACGAAACCAUUCAUCCGGCCAAUACUCCCACUGAAAUCUGUGAAGAUUAAUGAGCAUUCCUGAGCAUCUAGAUUCGGAUUUCAAAGCGGAUUAUGGGCGUGUAUGUGAAUUAGGUGGUACGAUUACAAAUCUGGGUAAUUUAGGAUCGGAUUAGCCUCUAAAUCACGCGAUCAUCGGCGUUGAAUCCCCCCACAUCCACAUCCCUGCGCGUAAACAGCCAAACAGGCGGUCGGGAUGCGGGGAUGAUUUUUGAUGACGCUGCGAUGGGCACUUGCGAAGAUACCGAAAUUCAAACAACAAUGAGGAUCCGAUUUGAUUUCAGGUUGGUGUAGUAGUCGUCUUCUUUUUUUUGACGUCAUUUGACCAUGAUUUUCCUGCGGAGGCUCGCGCAGCUGACGAUGCUGCUGAUCCAGAGCGGAUGGUGGGGGGUCGCGCCGAGCCCCACCGACGAGGGAGCACUCAGGGCCGGGCACGGGGAGCACGGAGAGCCGGGACAUCAGGAGCCUCACAAGGACUCCUACAGCACCUUCGCCUCCGAGUUCCUGGAGUCCAGAUAUCUGUCUGAUGACGGUUACCCAUUCCCCACCGCCCCACCAGUGGAUCCCUUCGCCAAGAUCAAAGUCAGCGACUGUGGAGUAACCAAAGGCUGCAUAAGAUAUGGGAAGCCAGGGUGUGAUGCAGAGACGUGUGACUACUUUCUGAGUUAUCGGCGCAUCGGGACAGAUGUGGAGUACGAGAUGAGUGCAGACACAGAUGGCUGGGUGGCCGUAGGUUUCUCCUCUGACAAGAAAAUGGGAGGAGACGAUGUCAUGGGCUGUGUCCAUGACGAUAACGGACGUGUACGGAUUCAUCACUUCUACAAUGUCGGCCAGUGGGCAAAGGAAAUAAAGAGGAACCCUGCGAGAGACGAGGAGGGCAUUUUUGAGAACAACAGGGUGACCUGCCGCUUCAAACGGCCGUUAUACGUCCCUAGAGAGGAAACACUUGUGGACUUACACCUGUCGUGGUAUUACCUGUUUGCAUGGGGACCUGCCAUACAAGGUUCCAUCACGAGGCAUGACAUUGACAGUCCGCCUGUCAGCGACCACAUGAUCAGCAUCUAUAAGUACGAGGACAUCUUCAUGCCUUCUACAGCCUACCAGACCUUCAACUCUCCCCUCUGCUUACUGCUCAUAGUCGCCCUCACCUUCUACUUACUAAUGGGAACGCCAUAAUGAAGCACAGCGGGGAAAAUGCGGGAAGAGAAGUAGCAAUAAAAAAUAAAGUUGUCUGAGCCGCACUCAAGUGUGCACUUUGCACAAGGAAACACUGUAUUAGAUAUAUUAAACACAAUAGAGUAUAUAUUCAUCGCUCUGAACUCAUACAGAGGAUUCUGGCAAAUUAUUAAACCUGUAUUAUAGAGGUGACAUGUACUGGUGUCAGUACAAAACAAGAGGUCUGAUAAGGGUAAUGUUUUAGUAUAAAUAAGACAAUUAUUUUCAGUAUUUAUGAUCGCUUCCAAAUACAAAAAUAUGUGGACUGCACAUAACGACAAAUAUAUCCAAAAAGUCUUCAAAAUACUGCAUGCUAUGGAGAACCUGGAAAUUAUUUAAAACCCGCUGUUCACUGCUGAUGAUGAGGGACUGUCACAUAAUAUGGUUUUCAGGGUUUUAGGUUACUGCCUACAGUGUGCGUUCACCAUGCAAAAGAUUUUCAUAGACUUUCUCCUUAUGUUUGGCACUCAUAAUAACGUGGCUCGGCUCACUUCUCCCUACUUUCCUUUCACAACUUUUUCCCCUUUCCUUAACCACAGUAGCUGUUGGGUUUAUCAGUACUGUGGCACUGUGACUGAACAGAGAGAGAGAGACUGCUACAUGAGUUAAUGUUGUAAGCAAUAACACACUGAAGAGGAGCAAACUGUGGACUGGAGAACAGUUUGCUUGGACAUGGACUUUUACUUCCCCAGGCUGUUACUGUAGCCUUUUGAUCUGUACAUGGUUGUGUUUAUAAUCAAUAAACCUGUGAAGAUAUGACAGAAUACACAA